AUGGAUGAUGGUAGAGUGUAUAGACCAAGGGUCAAUCCCUUUGCGGACUUCACCGACGACGAUUUCAUUCGAAAAUAUCGGUUCACUAAGCCUAUUUUAACGGAGCCUAUUUUCACUUGCGCCGGCCCUCGAGAGAUACACACGCAGCCAGCAGCUGACGAGAUAGCCCUAGCCAAGAGGCAAUUCUACGACCGAUUUGGAUUUCCAUGUAUUAUCAGCCUCAUCGAUGGGAGUCAAGUACCGAUUCACGGACCCUUCCCCCCUGCCAAUGAAGCGGUGUACGUUUGUAGGAAAGGAUAUCAUGCAAUUAAUGUUCAAAUUGUGUGUGAUGCAAACUUGAUUAUUCGCGAUUUAGAUGCAAGAUGGCCCGGAUCGACUCAUGAUUCAUUCAUCCUUCGCAAUUCACACAUUUGGGAUAAGUUUGAACAAGGACAUAUUCAAAAUACCUGGCUCCUCGGCGACAGUGGAUACCCAUUGAAGAAAUGGCUCAUGACCCCUUAUCAGAAUGCAGCAAAUGAUCCACAAGAACGAUUCAACAGGCAGCAUAAGCACAUCCGAUCAAUAAUUGAAUGUUGCAAUGGGGUGUGGAAAAUGAGGUGGAGGUGUCUUAUGAAACCAAAUAUGUUUCAGUCCCCAAGAGCAUCUAUGAUUAUAGCAUCAUAUGGAGCGCUGCAUAAUUUUGCUAUUACCCACGGACUUCCGUUGGAUGAAGACGUUGACGAGCGUCUCAUCAAAGAUCAACGUAACAUCAUCCCAUAUCAUGAUCCAGGAAACAACGUAAUGAACGAUGUGCCCGUGCACGAGAGGAACUUGUCCGUCGAGUAUUCACGCACUGAAUACGACUGUUGA